AUGGUUUCUAGCAGCCCAGAUAAACCAGGCAAUGAUAAAGGGGUUAGGUCCCAUCUUCAAAUCAUGCCAACCCCUCCAGCAGGGACUUCGAGACUUUCUGGGAAAAAUGGCAGGUUGGCGUGCGCGCCCAAGCUUGAUUUGACAAGUCCAGUUGCUAGUUUGGUCAAGUGGGGGCUUCGGUUGCAGCCGUGUGCACCGCGGCUUUCAUUUACUUUGUACUUGGAAUUGAUAUCUUUUCUGGUUCACAUUCUUUUAGUAAAUGCACAAUUAGAAAGCGAUGAAUUGCCAUUUACUGCUUUUAUGCUGAUGAAGUUUCAGCAUGUAAUAUCAGAAGAACCCUUUGAGGCAUCACCAUUCAUUACUCAGGGGUUUGAAGAUGACCUGGAUGCAAUAUCAAUCAAGCAACAAGGUUUAUCUGAAGGCAAUAAUACUAAGGCAUCAUCUAAUGAUGAAGAAACUAGUGUUAGGGAGAACAAUGUAGCCAAGAUCAAAGUUGUGGUUCGCAAAAGACCUCUUAACAAGAAGGAGAUUUCUAGAAAAGAAGAAGAUAUUGUAACAGUACAUGAAAAUGCUUAUUUGACUGUCCAUGAGCCUAAAUUAAAGGUGGACCUGACCGCAUAUGUGGAAAAACACGAGUUUUGCUUUGAUGCGGUUAUUGACGAGCAUGUCACUAAUGAUGAGGUAUAUCGCGUGACUGUUGAACCAAUAAUACCAUCAAUUUUUAAGCAGACAAAAGCCACUUGUUUUGCAUAUGGUCAAACAGGAAGUGGCAAGACUUAUACAAUGAAACCAUUACCUCUUCGAGCUGCUGAAGAUAUUGUUCGUUUGUUGCGGCAUCCCAACUAUCUUAAUCAGAGAUUUAAACUGUGGCUUAGCUAUUUUGAGAUCUAUGGAGGGAAGCUUUUUGAUCUUCUCAGCGAUAGGAGGAAACUCUGCAUGAGAGAAGAUGGCAGGCAACAAGUUUGCAUCGUCGGAUUGCAAGAAUUUGAGGUUUCUGAUGUGCGUGUAGUUAAUGAAUUUAUUGAAAAAGGAAAUGCUGCAAGAAGUACAGGCUCCACUGGAGCAAAUGAAGAAUCAUCAAGGUCUCAUGCUAUAUUACAACUUGCCAUUAAGAAGCAUAAAGAUGUUAUUGACACUAGAAGGCCGAACGAAGCUUAUGAAGCCAAGAGUGGGAAGCUGAUUGGGAAGAUCUCUUUUAUUGAUCUUGCUGGAAGUGAGCGAGGCGCAGAUACAACGGAUAAUGAUCGUCAGACACGGAUUGAAGGAGCAGAAAUAAACAAGAGCCUUUUGGCUUUAAAAGAAUGCAUCCGUGCACUCGAUAAUGAUCAAAUCCACAUUCCUUUUAGAGGAAGCAAACUUACAGAAGUUCUUCGUGACUCCUUUGUGGGGAAUUCAAAGACCGUUAUGAUUUCCUGCAUUUCUCCAAACGCUGGUUCUUGCGAGCAUACCCUAAAUACUCUUAGAUAUGCUGACAGGGUUAAAAGCCUCUCAAAGGGUGGAAAUUCUAAAAAGGACCAAGCUUCUGUUCCUUCAAUACCUUCCACUAAGGAAUCUUUAUCAACCUCAUCCUUUCCCUUCACAGAUGAACCAGAAUCUAUAGAAGCACCUAUGGAAAAGAUUGAGACUAAGACAGCCUAUGGUUCGUCUUCAAACCAUCAGUUAUACUUUUCAGCACAAAACUCUUUUGAUGGCCAGGAUGAGGAAAAGGCAACGAAGGUCUCUCCACCACGCAGGAAAGCUCCAAGAGAAGAAAAAAUAGAAAGAAAGAUGGGUUGGUCUAGGAAAAAUACUUCGGAAGGGCAGAGCACAAGCAAUAAGCAGCAAUAUGAACAGGAAGAUCCAUUCGGUGAUGGUGAAAUUAAUGCAUUGCUUGAGGAGGAAGAGGCCUUAAUAGCAGCUCAUAGAAAAGAAAUUGAAAGUACAAUGGAGAUAGUUCGAGAGGAAAUGAAUUUAUUGGCGGAGGUGGACCGACCGGGAAGCCAAAUUGACACGUAUGUAUCGCAGCUCAGCUUCCUCCUGUCGCGGAAGGCUGCCGGACUGGCCGGCCUACAAGCUCGCCUGGCCAGAUUCCAGCACCGCCUGAAAGAACACGAGAUUCUCAGCCGCAAGAAGGCUUCGAGGUAAUAAUGAUCCUCGUGCUUUUCUCUCUAUUGUAUCUUCUACUAGCAGAAUGUCCCCUUCCCUCUCUUUCUGCUCUCUGCUUUUUUUCUUUCUGAUUGUUAUUGCCACAGAUUUCUCAUUCUCAUUUACCUUUGUAUGUGACGUGUUUGGCCUUCUUUUAUUGCUGGGAGUGAAGGGUUGGUUUGAUCUUUCGGAAUGAGGGAGGAAGAAUGUAUGGAAGCCAUUGUUGAUAAUAAUAGUAUAGUAUUUAUUUAAUUAUUAUUAUGUUUUAAGGGCUCAUUGUUAAAUUAUUGAAUGCUGGAUGUUGGCAAAGAUUAGAAUUUACGAAAUCCAUUGCUAGGAU